AUGGCCAGAGAUGGAUGCAUAAGGAGGGACUGCCCUCGAGACAGAUUGACGGAGCUCCCAGACUCGCUUCGGCUGCAGAUCCUCGGCCUGCUGCCCCGGAAGGAUGCAAUCAAGACCGGCGUGCUGUCGACCCAAUGGAAGGGUCUAUGGAAGCAGCGAUUUGCGUACUCCACAGAGCUUUUACAUGAUAGGGUCUACAAGGAUGCAGAAGAUCAGCAAGAGUUCAUUAUUGAGAUAGAAAAAGCUAUGCAGCAGUACCAGAACAGAAGGAUUGAAGUAUUCAGACUCAACUUCUAUCCGGACAAGUCCUAUGAAAAUACCAUGAAGGAGUGGAUAGCACAGGCCCUUUCACGUGGUGCAGAAGAACUCCACCUCGACUUCUCUCAAGGAUUGACAUCAGGUAAUCCUGAUGGAAGACUCAAGCCCAGAAGGAAGAAGCCGUUGCUCAAUGACACAUUGUUCAGGGGCAACUCGCUCAUUGUAUUGAGCCUGAAGUACUGCAGAAUAUACAAAUGGUUUAAAUUUACGCACUUGGGUUCUCUCGAGGCGCUGCACCUUCAUGGGCUCAACAUCACCGACUUUUCAUUAGCGAACUUGAUCACCAAUUGCCCGUUGCUGAAAAAGUUGGAGCUAUGCGAGUGCCUGACGCUGCAAUGGAUCAGAGUUUCAGGCCCAAACCUGCGACUUAAGAACCUCCAUGUAGUUCACUGUGGGCAAGUCAAUGCCAUAGAGAUAUCAGCUCCAAAUCUUCAGAUGUUCCAUCUAGUUGGCAGAUUUCCAAGAAUAUUACUUUUAUUUGAUGUCUCCUCCUUGAACAACGUUUACAUCAGCUCCUACCACCAUGACUAUUGGGAUCACCGGUACCGGCAGACUUGGGCAAGGAUGUUCAGGGAUUUUGAACAUGUUGAGGCUCUAACUCUGCGUAGCAGAGGGAUUCAGUAUGUAUUUGGUCCUUCAAGGCCUGCAGUUGCUUCCCGACUACAUAACCAAGAGCUAUGCAGGCAGAUUGCUGGAGAUAUAUUGUCAGAAGUUUACAAAAUUUUGACGCGGUGGGGUUUCCCUCGCCUGGAGCAUUUAUUUAUCGAGUUCCCGGACGCUUUGGAGGAUCCAGCUAUGAAGUACGUUUUAGAGAGAACGCAGCAGUGGCCUCCUGAGCUCGAUUUCAAGCAGCUGAGGACGCUGUACAUGUUCAACUUUGAAGCGCGCGCACAUCAUGUGAGGCUUUUAGAACAUUUCUUAUGCCGAGCAGCUGCCCUUGAGCGUGUCUUCUUGCUGGUUCCCCCACAUUUUGACAUCAAUCUCAACAACAACAGCUGCAUGGAUAUUCUUCGUUACGGGCUUUUAGACAGACCGAAGGCAUCACCAAAUUGUCAGAUAUUCUUCCUCCAUCCUGCACAGAACGGUCAUGCUCCUUGCCCAAGAGAGACUGCUUAG